GCUGUUGGGCAUGGCGCACGGGAUCGGUCCUCUCCCUCGCUUUCUCCCGUACCCUCGCAGUCGCAGCCUCGUUUCGGAUUGCAUUUGCAUAAGCUAAGCGCGCGGCGAUAAGAAGCGGCAGAACCCUCUCGCUCUCCCGCCGUUUGACCCGCCUCCCUCCGGCAUCGCGGGGUUCUCUGCUCGGGUUGCUUGCUGGGCGCUGGACAUGAAGGACGGAGGGGCGAGGCAGCACUGGCCGUGCGACUACUGCGGGGAGGCGGCGGCGGCGCUGCACUGCCGCGCGGACGCGGCGCGGCUCUGCGUGGCGUGCGACCGCCACGUGCACGCCGCCAACGCGCUCUCCCGGAAGCACGUGCGCGCGCCGCUCUGCGCCGGGUGCGCGGCCCGCCCGGCCGCGGCGCGCGUGGCGGCUGGGGGAGGCGAGCCGGCGUUCCUCUGCGUGGACUGCGACGGCGGGUGCGAAGGCGCGGCGCGCGUGCCCGUGGAGGGGUUCGCGGGCUGCCCCGCGGCGGCCGAGCUCGCCGCGUCGUGGGGCGUCGACCUCCUCCCUGGCGGCGGUGGCGCCGCCGCGUUCGGUUGCGGCCUCGGCACUGGCGCCGGCCAGGAGGAUGAGGACGCCUUCUUCUUCUCGUCCUUGGACUACUCCAUGCUGGUUGACCCCGAGAUGCGCGACCUCUACGUGCCCUGCAACCCGCCGGAGGUGGCUGUCUCGGCAGGCGGCGGUCGGCCCCUCAAGGGGGAAGCGCUGUGCGACCAGCUCGCGGAGAUGGCGCGGCGAGAGACGGACACGUCGCAGCCGCAGGGGUACUCGGAUCUGAGCCCCAGGACUCCUCGCCGGUCCUCCGCCGGGUCUAGCGGGCGCUUGCCUGACAAGCAGCCUCCCCCGCCGCUGCCUCCUGCUCCAGAGGUGCCGUGUCCGUACACGUCCCUGCUGAUGAUGCCGUCAGCCCACUGCGCCGAGCUUGUCGGCAACGACCGGCUCCCUGAUGACGACGAAGAACAACUUCGAUGGGAGUUCGCCCCACCCUCAUCAGUGCCACCCACCCAGAUAUGGGAUUUCAAUUUAGGAAGAUCAAGGAACCACAAUGAAAAAUCUGCACAUGAAGUUGGAUUUGGUUCAAACAAUGGAGGCUUUAUGAUCAAGAGUUACAGUGACAUGCUCAAGGAAAUUUCUUGUGGGACAACGAAAGAUCUGGAAGAUAUUUACGACUCAGGAUACGGUGCAGCUGCUGAAGAUAUCAUGUCAACAAAUAUCUGCCAGGUGCCAUCCAAAAAUGUUAGCACAGCGAGCAACAAGCGAAUGAAGGUUAGCUCAUGCACCUCCACAAUGGAUGGCCCAACAACCUCUGGGAGCAACGUGCCUGCUUCAGGGACCUUGGCGAGCUCUUCCCAUGACAGAGGAGCAGCUCCCACUAGGGAGAUCUCCUUUGGUGAUCAAACAAUCGUCCCGACUGGAGCUGAGAGGCCUACCACAAGGAUCGACAGUGAGACUCUCGCCCUAAACAGGGAUAGCGCGAUGCAGCGGUACAAAGAGAAGAGGAAGAAUCGCAGGUACGAGAAGCACAUCCGGUAUGAGUCCCGGAAGCUGAGGGCGGAUACCCGGAAGCGCGUGAAAGGCCGUUUUGUCAAGUCGAAUGAAGCGCUCAAUGCCGGCAGCAAUGGCGGAUGAGCCUUCUUCCUUGCUCGCAGCACGGAGAUGACAUCCUGCGCCGCACCUAAGCAUGAUGCCGUGCAUUGCUCAGCUAUUUUUUUGUGUUCGUUAUCGUUUUCAGCAUCGUGAUCCAGAGGAUCAUAUUCACGGUGUUUUUUUUUGUAAGAGACCUCUACUUUUCUCCUCAGAACACAUAGCUUAAUUUUACACUGGUAUAUAAGGUGCAUAUACGCUGUCUCA